AUGAUGUCGCAAAUGCAAAUGCUCGGACUAUUAGGCAUGACGCCAACCGUGACACCUGAGAUGAAUCGGUUGAUGUUCGAAAAUCAACUGGCAGCGGUCAAUCCAUUCCUGGCCAACCCGUUGUGGAACAUGCCAGCAGAGCCGUCACAUCAGCCAUUUCAACCUCAAAUACCUUCAAAACUGAAUAACGAACGACAUGCAGACGGGCGAACACGUGAUGAACAACCUUUAGAUCUAAGCCGAAAAUCGGGAUUGGAAGCCAUUAUCGAUAUCGAGACUGCCAAUUAUACCCACAAGCAGCGAAAACAAAGUCAACAACCAGUCGAAGCUACUGAAAAGGAAACGAAUGGGCCGGAGGAAAUAGUCAGAAACGGGUAUGGCAUAAAACGUAAUUACAGUCAAGUUGACCUGACAGCAGCAGUUAACGAUAUUAGGUGUGGAAGAUUGGGAACGAGACGAGCCUCGGUGGUAUAUGGUAUUCCACGCUCAACUCUCAGAAAUAAGAUUUACAAGUUAGAAGCUGCUGAAGAACAAGCUGGACAAGCUCCGCUGAACAAAAGAAGACGUCCAGGCGGUCAGAGUAAUGCGGAGAAAAAAUUGGCAGAACAAGUGGAACGGCAAAAAAAAGCAUCCACUCCGGUUACCGAUUGCUCAUCGAUUUCGCCAAGUAGUGACGGAACAGAUGGCGAGAAAAAGUACAAUGCGGAUAAUUGUUGGGAUAGUGAGUGGACGACGAACUUGUGGCAAAGCCUUUUUAGUCAGAACAGUACAAAUAUGACUGCUGAUAUCAUGGGACCAGUUGGGAAGGAGGAAAGUAAGAAAGAAAAAGAAGAGCUAUCGGAGUGGAAAAAGAGUCGACCGAAACGAGGACAGUACAGGAAAUAUGAUAAAAAUGCUCUGGAUGAAGCAGUUCAAAGCGUACGACGUGGUGAGAUGAGCGUUCAUAGAGCUGGAAGUUACUACGGCGUACCACAUUCGACUCUUGAGUACAAGGUGAAAGAGAGAAAUCUGCUACGUAAAAAAAAAGAUUCACCGCCUGUGAAAGAGAUAUCCCUCAUGCAAGAACCGAUGACGUCACUGACUAUAUCUGAAGAAUCCUCAAGUCCUGCUAUUGCUGUAUAG